AUGUUCUCGAGGCCGAUACUCCGCCGGAAGCAAACCUUGGCCGCUGCCAUCCGCCGCCUCUCCUUAUCUUCUCCGGAUUCCUCUCCCCAUCUUCCUUCCAGUCUCAGCCGGUACGGCUUCAGGCCGCCGCCCUCCCUCUCCCCUCGCGACCACGGCAGCGGCGCCGCCGAUGCCUCCGGCAGCGAGCGGAGGAAAGGGAAGCCCCGCUACCGUCCGCCGUCGUCGCUGGACAGAGAGGGGCAGAAUCCCCUCCAUUCGGACCUUCCCUUCGACUUCCGCUACAGCUACACGGAGAGCAAUCCCGAUGUGAAGCCCAUCGGCCUGCGGGAGCCCAAGUACUCGCCCUUCGGGCCUGGAAGGGUGGACAGGAUCUGGACGGGAACUUGCGCGCCGGCCGUGGACCCGACGGUGCGGACCCUCGACGGCGGCGACGGCGGCGGGGAGGAAGGGGAUGGGAAGAAGCAGGCCCGAAGAAGAUCGAGGGAAGAGAUUCUCGGAGAGCCGCUGACUCCGGCGGAGAGGAAGAUCCUGGUCGACAAAUGCCAGAGGAACCGGAACAAGCGCCAGGUCAAUCUCGGUGAGCGCCUGGAUUUCACGGUCUCUCAACUUCUGCAUCAGAAAUCUGCAGGAUUGAUUCAGGAUUAUAUUCGUGGGUCAUCAGAAAUUUCUCUUUGAGAACUAAGAAUGAAUAAAUAAAAAUGCUCGUUUUCUCAUAUCUGCUUCCCUCUUUGUAGGAGGGCAACUGAUCUUUUUUCCAAAAAAAAAAAAAAAAAACAAAUGCAGGGAGAGACGGGCUGACCCACAACAUGUUGAAUGAUAUCCACAACAACUGGAAGCAUGCAGAGGCUGUGAGGAUCAAGUGCCUCGGCGUGCCCACUGUGGACAUGAACAAUGUGUGUGCACAAAUUGAGGUGAUUUUAUAUUCCAAGUUCUUGACAUGCAUAAGUUCAUCGACCUUUUUUGGGUGAUUCUCUUUACCGAAAAAUGCAUUCUUUUUUUAUUCACUGGCGCUUUUUUUAAGUGAUCUUAUUAAACUCGUGGAUGCGGACUAGAACUUUCUGGGUGAUUUUAUUACAUCAGAGAGGAGGCCACUCAAGAUUUUAUUUUAUUUUUCUUCCUGUCCUCAUCGGAUCCUUCCUCUUUGAUAUUGGUUUACGUUGGAUUCUCUCUGGGUAUUUAAGGCACUUUUUAAAGUUGUGAAUUAUUUUUUAAAAAUAAAGGGUUUGCUCUAUUCAUUGGAUCUUAAAAUAAAAAAAAGAACUACAUUUCGUGGUACAAAGAACCGAAGAUGGGUUGGCUGAACUGGGCAUUUUCACACCCUUUAUUUAAGGAAAAAGGCAAAAGCUUAUUAAUAUAUUUGUGGAAUAUAUUUGCUAUUUUUUGCCAUUAUUAGAUGCCUUGCCAGCUCGAUUUCUCCGUGUUCUGACUGAAUGACCAUGUUUUGGAGUUCAUCUCCUGGAGGUGAUCAUCAGAUCUUUGCCUUGGGAUGCGCAUUAAAAGCUUAUUAAUGGGAGAAACUGAAUAUGGGACAGGCUUUUUUUCUUUUUCUCUUCUGAUGUCUGAUUCUCUCUCAACAAAUGGGAUCAAAGAGGAGCCCAUGAUUAUUUCUGUAUAUUUCAUCGUCCGAUAUUGAACUUCUUUUGAUUAAAUUUCCCCAAUUAGGAUAUUUGUUAAAUCGCUUAAUAAAUAUGGAUAUGUAGGACAAGUCCGGCGGCAGAAUCAUCCACAGGCAGGGCGGCACGAUCAUCCUGUACAGAGGGCGAUAUUAUAAUCCCAAGAAGAGGCCGGUGAUCCCGCUGAUGCUGUGGCGGCCCCACGAACCGAUCUACCCAAAGCUGAUAAAGACGACGAUCGAUGGUCUGACUGUUGAGGAAACCAAGGAAAUGAGGAAAAGAGGCCUUGCAGUGCCUGCUUUGACGAAACUCUGUAGAAAUCCUCCCCCGGCCUCCAUAUUUUGUCUGGAUCGUCAAUUUUUUAUUUUUAUUUUUUAUUUUCUGAUUUUUAAUCUCUGCUGCAGCGAAGAACGGUUAUUAUGCUAACCUUGUGAGCAUGGUCCGAGAUGCCUUUCUGACGGAUGAUCUUGUCCGGAUCGACUGCCAGGGCUUGGAGAGGAGUGAUUACAAGAAAAUAGGGGUCAAGCUUAGAGUAAGACUUCUCUUCACCUGGGUUUUUAAUGCUACAUUUAUUUUUGAAUUAUCUUUUUUUCUAUCAUUUAAUCGAUGUAAUUAAUCCAACUUAUUUUAUUUGCCCAGCUUGUAUUUUUCUUUUCCCAAAUGCAUCAUCACCCAUUACAUCAUAAUAUUUUUUCUUAAAUUUUAUUUAUUUAUUUCUGAGAACGACUUUGCCAAAAUGCAGGAUCUCGUCCCAUGCAUCCUCGUCACGUUCCAGAAGGAACAGAUCGUCAUCUGGAGGGGCCCAAAUCACGGCGGGGCGGCAGGAACGCCAGGGUACUCUUGA